CUUUAACCACUCUUGUUUUGUUUUUCAAGAAGACGCGGCUUAACAUACCAAACCCCAAUUACUAUAAAUAGCUCACUGAGCCCUUUCCAUUUGUAUUCAUCACUUUCAAAACACUAUGGUUUCUCUCAAAGCUUUCUCAACUGUCUUUUUUCUUGUACUCGGCGUUAGCAUUUGCUACGCCACUAGCCGCAAUCUUUUGAACUACGGUGGUGAAGCUGCUGGCCAUGCUGGUGGUGGCGGUGGAGGACAUGGUGGUGGUGGAGGCUCUGGAGGAGCGAGUGGUGGAGGUUAUGGAGGAGUGAGUGGUGGUGGUUACGGUGGUGGUAGUGGAGAAGGAGGUGGUGGUGGAUAUGGAGGUGCUGCAGGGUAUGCUGGUGGUGGCGGUGGUGGUCACGGUGGAGGCGGUGGUGGAGCUGCUUCUUCUGGUGGUUAUGCUAGUGGAGGAGGAGAAGGAGGAGGUGCUGGUUACGGUGGAGCUGCUGGUGGUUAUGGUGGACAUGCUGGCGGUGGUGGUGGAGGUAGCGGUGGUGGUGGUGGAGCUGCAUAUGGCGGUGCAGGAGGAGCUAGUGGUUAUGGAAGUGGUGGUGGUGCAGGAGCUGGUGGUGUAAUUGGUGGUGGUGGUCAUGCUGGUGGUGGAGGUGGUGGUAGCGGAGGCGGUGGAGGAUCAGCUUACGGUGGUGAAGGAGAGCAUGCAAGUGGUUAUGGAAAUGGAGCUGGUGAAGGUGGUGGCGCCGGUGGAAGUGCGUAUGGAGGCGGAGCUUAUGGAGGCGGUGGUGGACAUGGAGGAGGAGGUGGUGGAGCAUCAGCAGGAGGGGCUCAUGGAGGUGCUUAUGGAGGCGGUGAAGGAGGAGGAGCUGGUGGUGGAGGGUCUCACGGUGGUGCUGGAGGCUACGGAGGCGGUGGCGGUGGAGGAAGUGGAGGAGGAGGAGCUUACGGUGGAGGAGGAGCACAUGGAGGUGGCUAUGGAAGUGGGGGUGGUGAAGGAGGGGGUUAUGGAGGAGGUGCAGCAGGAGGAUAUGGUGGAGGCGGUGGAGGAGGAGAAGGCGGAGGUGGUAGUUACGGUGGUGAACACGGAGGUAGCUCAGGUGGAGGUCACGGUGGCGGUGGUGGUCAUGGUGGUGGUGGUGGUCACGGCGGUGGAGGCUAUGCCCCAUAGAGAAACCAAAUUAAGAUGAAACAAAAGAAAGGCUUCAAAAAUAAAGAUGAUUUGUGAAGGGGUAUACAAAUUAAAAUGCCUAUUUCAAAACAUUUUGUAUCAAUUAUUAUUAUUAUUGAACGUUGUAUUGUGUUUCCUAAUAAUUUAAUAGUUUAUUGUCUUA